AUGGGUGCUCUUCUCUCUCUGCCGCUCCUAGCGGUGCCUAGCAUGGGCACGCUCCUCACGCUAGGUGGAUCAUGUUGUGGUGCAGCAACUUGCUCGGCGGUGUGCAGUGCGUGUGGAAAAUUCCAGAAUAGUAUGGCUACGCGAAUCGCCUACGCAUUCAUCCUUUUGAUCAAUUCUAUUGUGUCAUGGAUCAUGCUUACCCCGUGGGCGCUCAAGAAACUACAAGGGUUGACACUCGAUUAUAUGGAAAUCCGCUGCGAUGGCAAGGAAUGCUAUGGCUGGGUGGCAGUUCACCGCAUCAACUUUGGUCUUGCUCUCUUCCAUUUGAUACUUGCCCUUUUACUUUUGGGUGUUAAGACUUCGCGGGAUAGUCGUGCCGGACUUCAAAAUGGGUUCUGGGGACCGAAAGUCAUUCUAUGGCUGGCAUUUGUUGUCAUGUCUUUCUUCAUCCCCGAAUCCUUCUUUUUUGUCUAUGGCAACUACAUUGCCUUCUUUUGCGCUAUGCUCUUCCUCCUUUUGGGUUUGAUCCUCUUGGUGGAUCUUGCGCACACGUGGGCAGAGCUUUGUCUGCAAAAGAUUGAGGACAGUGACUCGCGCCUGUGGCGUGGUCUGCUGAUUGGCUCCACUCUUGGCAUGUACUUGACUUCCAUCGUCAUGACAAUCUUGAUGUAUAUCUUCUUUGCCCGGAGCUCAUGCUCUAUGAACCAGGCAGCCAUCUCGAUCAACCUCGUUCUUUUCCUAAUCAUUUCGUUCGUCUCUGUGCAGCCUGCUGUCCAGGAUUCAAACCCUCGGGCGGGACUGGCCCAGGCCGCUAUGGUCACGGUCUACUGCACCUAUCUUACCCUCUCUGCCGUGUCUAUGGAACCUGAUGACAACGGCUGCAACCCUCUUAUCCGCUCAAGUGGUACCCGAACAGUUACCAUUAUUUUGGGCGCGAUUGUCACCAUGGCCACAAUCGCGUACACUACCACCCGUGCGGCUACUCAGGGUAUUGCACUGGGAUCCAAGGGCGGCCAUAGCUACAUUCAAUUGGACACAGAGGAUAAUGGACAUGGUCUAAUUACACAACAACCUAGCGUUCGCCGGGAGAUGCGGGCGGAAGCUCUUCGGGCUGCUGUUGAGAGUGGCAGUUUACCAGCUAGUGCCUUGGAUGAGACUGAUGACGAGGAUGACUUUGAGACGAGCAGUAAAGAUGAUGAGCGUGGUUCGACCCAGUACAGCUACUCUCUCUUCCACAUUAUCUUCUUCCUGGCUACCACCUGGGUCGCAACCUUAUUGACGCAGGGAUUGCAGGUCGACACUAAUGUCGACUUUGCACCCGUUGGCCGGACCUACUGGGCUAGCUGGGUGAAGAUUGUGAGCGCGUGGGUGUGCUACACCAUUUAUCUGUGGACAUUGGUAGCCCCCGUUGUGUUGCCUGACCGAUUUGGGCCUUGA